AUGGCGCACCCCGAUAAUAUCUCAAGAGAAUUAGUUUCUUCGGUCAAUGUUUCUCUGAAUGUUAAAGGAGUAGUCGUAAAGGCGGUAGAUGUUGGCGGUGACUUUAAUAACAAGCAAGAGUUUGAUGACCGGGAAAGCAUGCUCACAUGGAUUUGUAGGAAUGCAACUGACCGUGGUUUUGGUGCGGUAAUAGGAAGAUCAGAUAAUGGUACGACAAGAAGAAACGCUUUCGCAACAAUGUUAUGUGAAAGAACCGGGGAAUACCAUCCUCCUAUAAGGAAGUUUAAAAGAGACGACACGGGUACUAGAAAAUGCGAGUUUCCAUUUAAAAUCCGUGGUUAUAUGGUGACUAGCAAGAAGUGGAGAUUUAAUGUUAUUUGUGGUUUGUUUAACCAUGACAUGUGCGGGAAAUUACAAGGACAUCCUAAUGUUAAACCCGCGGUCGGGACAAAACAAGUAGAGACCAAUGGUGGAAAAUCAGUGAAGCCCGGUGUGAUUGUUGAACAAAUAAUGUAUGCAUGGACUCGUGUUGUAAAUUCUUCGACAAAAGAAUUAUACGCCGAUUCCGUCUUUCAAUUUCAGAAAGUGUGUGAAAAGUAUCUUGAUAAGGUGAAGGAGAAUUUUGUGUGUGCGUGGACCAAUAAUGUCCGACACCUUGGGAAUACUACCGCCAACAGAGUUGAAUCGACACAUGCUAGUUUGAAAAAUUGGUUGGCUAAUAGCAUGGGUGACUUCUGUCGAGAUUGGGACACCGUAAAUCUCAUGAUAAAAAAUAAACGUAAUGAGAUACAAACCACUUUUGGUCGGAGCAUUGCGGUGUUGGAACAUCAAUUUCGGGACAACAUUCUUUAUUCUCAAUUGAUCGGAAAUGUGUCUCGGGCCGGGUUAAACUAUAUUUUUCACGAGGCCAAACAAGGUGAAAUUGUCGACUCUGAUAGUGUAAAGUGUGGUUGCACUAUUACUAGAACGUAUGGUCUCUUGUGUGCAUUUUUUAUUGCUAAGAAAGCGAGACUAGGUGAGCCAAUAAAAAUGAACGAAGUUAUCCCUCAUUGGAAAAGACUUAUUUUUAACGAUGAUGGUUGUGUAAUCGAAUAUCUUUAUUACUUCCGAAAUGGAAGCGAUACAAGAGAGGUUUUCGGAGGUCGAUGA